AUGGUGGGGCUCUUCCUAGGUAAUGCAGAGCAAUGUUUUAUACCUAUAUUCAUGUGAUUAUAUUUUAAAAUAUCUGUUCUAGUUUUUCUGGCACGCUAAUAAUAAUAAUAAUAAUAAUAAUAAUUUAUUUAUUUAUUUAUUUAUACCCCGCCCAUCUGGCUGGGUUUCCCCAGCCACUCUGAGCGGCUUCCAACAGAACACUAAAAUACAAUAACCUAUUAAACAUUAAAAGCUUCCCUAAACAGGGCUGCCUUCAGAUGCCUUCUAAAAGUCUGGUAGUUGUUUUCCUCUUUGACAUCUGGUGGGAGGGCGUUUCCACAGGGCGGGUGCCACUACCAAGAAGGCCUUCUGCCUGGUUCCCUGUAACUUGGCUUCUCGCAGUGAGGGAAAUGCCAGGAGGCCCUCGGCACUGGACCUCAGUGUCUGGGCAGAACGAUGGGGGUGGAGACGCUCCUUCAGGUAUACUGGACUGAGACCGUUUAGGGUUUAAGUAGGUGAUGUGUUAGAAGUUAAACACCAUUUUGAACCAUUUGGGCCAUCGUAUUUGCAACCUCAAGCCAGCAUAAGCCAGUGGGGUUGUUGUUUUUAUUUUGAUUAUAUAUUUUGUGGUUUUAUAUUCUGAUUUUGUUCUGUGAAUCGCCCUGAGACCUCUAGGUAUAGGGUGGUAUAUGAAUUCAAUAGAUGAUGAUGGUGGUGAUGACAAUGAUAAUAAUAUUGGGAAGUCUGGACUUGGACCUCGGAACGUUGGGUACUAUUUGUUGGUCAGUCAUGAACUCACACAGACCACGUUGCCCAGCCUCAAUUCUUCAUCUGUAAAAUGGGAAUUACCAGGCCCAAAUCACAUGCUUGUUUUGAUGUGGCACAGCCAUUGCAAAAUGAUUUCACUUAAUUCCAUGUGGUGAGUGCUUCUUGUUUGUGCAUGUGGGUUUACUCUCCAUGUUGACAGCUGAUAUUAAUAAACUCAGAUAGUUUGUUCCAAAGUGUGCAUUUCCAAGCGUAGUGCAGAAGGAAAUUUGUAUCCACAACUGCUGUCUUGGUCUACAUGUCUGGUGUCAUACUUUGCUUUAAAACGGCUGUGGAAAUGCUUUUUAAAAAAUCUGUGCAACCAGGGUUAAUAACAUUUACAAAUUGGUACUGCGUCUAAAUUUACAAAUCACACAGGGUUACAGAUUUAAGAGAUAGAGGCUGUGAGUUGGCAAACCCAGGUUUAGUAUAUAUUUAUGUGCAUAUUUAUACUCUAUCUGUCGUUUUUCACUUUAAAAUGUUCUAAACCACAUUAAGCCCAUGGGACAGGGUGGGAUAUAAAUUUAAAUAAAAGGACUGAUUUAUAGGUGGGAAGAAUUUAUUGCAAAGCACAUUCUGCUGGGUAAAGGACUCUUUCCCAAUUAUCCGUUAACAAUUUUAUUAGUGCUAAAAGCAUUAAUUGGUGGAUUGGUAUGAUGAAUCAAUCAGCAUAUUUAUCACAGACUUUAAAUGGCUGUAAUUGAUUAUCUCUUCUGUAAAAGGGUGUUCAGUGCAGUUGGCAGCGUAGAAAACAAGCUGGGUGCAUCUUCUUGAUUUAGGAAAUAUGCUUGGCCUAAUUUUCCUUAUCAAGUGACAUUGAUAUUAAUUGAUAUUAAUUUCUGAUAGUGAAUAUGAGAGUUGCUACUGCAAAGCAAAAUUAAAUACUACAUACACUUCAGAGAUAAUGUCCCUGGGAAUUUUGAGGGAAGUCAAAAUAUUUUUGGUAAAAUUAAAAGUUUGUAGGGAGAAGUACCCAUCUCUAAAAGCUGUUUCACAUAUCUCCCAUUGCCUCUGACUUGCACACACUACCCCCAAAAAAUUUCCCAAAAGCUCAAAGCAUUCAACUGAGCGUGGAUGGUGGUUAUAAAAAAGACAUGCUGCAAGUAACAAUAAAUCAAAAGCAAUCUGUUAAAGUCAGCCUUUACACUGCACAACCUUCAUAGAACAAUCAAAUUAAAACAAAUUGCUGUCCUGAGUCAAGGAAUGCAGAGUAACCUGAAGGACAGACCACCAGUUGGCCAAGACUUUCUUCAUAAUAACUUUUUUUCUAAAUCAGCAAAGCCAUGUGUCUAAGAGUGACUUCCGUGAAAUGAUUUGUGGAGUGGAACAAAGAUGAUGAAUUAUAAGAAACACGAACUGAUCUGGCUAAAAAGGAGGAUUAUAAUUCAUUAUCUUUUUAUUUGCAGCUUUAAAUUAGCAUUUUUUUUUCUUGCUGUUCACAUCCUCUUCCAAGAAUAAAACACCUUCCCUUUAGUUCACAGCCUGGAUUUUUUUUUGGGCAGGCUGUGUGUGAUGCACAUAAAUUGGGAGUUAUUCUGGUGUGCCCCAUUCUUUCUGCACUGAUCUUACAGGAAGACAGGGCCUUUUAGCCCAGGGCUAAAGACAUUGGGUGAGUUCACACAUGCAUGCACAUUGCUUGCUUUCUGUCUUUGCAGCUACUGAAUGUGUGAACAACCACCAGUGUAAAGCAGUGAUCUGAUAUGGGAUGAUCUGAGCGUUCUCCCUGUGGUGUUUGAGCUGCCAUAGGCCAUUCACGCAUGCAAGUCAACCCUUGAUGCCCCACUCCGCAGUUGAUGGGCAUGCAACUGUGAACUGGCUGAGCAUACAUCCAGGGCUGCCUCUGUUUUUCCACGGUAGACAGAAAUUUGACUUUUCUUUUACAAAAGGGUGGAAGGCUUACCUGCACCCAUUUGCAGCAAACAAUGGAAACCAUGGCUGGAGGAGUGGUGGUAAAUGUGUCCUCCCUCACACUACUGCUACAGCAAGGAUUGUUGGACUCCCACUCCCAUCAGUCCUGUAUGAUGGAAGUUGUAGUCCAGCAAUAUCUGGAGGGCUGCUGGUUCCCUACUCCUGCCCUACAAGAUCCUGUGAAGUUGCACAGAUAUUUCCAGAUCAAGUCCUGUGGAUUGGUCCCGUGAAACUUUCAGUCCAAUAAAAGGGCAUACAGUGUGAAAUACAUCGUAUAGUAAUUGCAGAUGGAUUGCCUCCUGCAGUUGCAGUCCAGCACAGCAUUACAAGUAUUUACAUUCUGUUUAUUUCAUUGGGACUUAACAGGCACAUACAUUUCUCCUUGUCAGUUGUUCAUAUUUACAAGAGCAGAAACUAAUUUAAUGAUUUACUACUUUUCAGUAAAUCAUAAUAAUAAUUAACUGUUGGAAGAUGCUUCGUUCGACCCUGGCUAGCUUUAUUGCAAAGCCUUACUGCUCAUGAAAAGGAUAUUUGCACUGUUCUUGGACACCAUCUGUUUAUCUUACUGAUGCUCUUGUGGAAGGCUCACACCACUGGAAUGAUGGUUUCACAGCAACAGCAGCUUGGCAAAUGGUGACGAGAGGGGUAGGAGAGAAGAUAAGACAUCUGCAAGGAAGCAUAACUGGAAGAUCCUCUGAGAAUAUGGUAGCCCCAUGUAUCCCACAUUGACAUCUGUACCAAACACAGGCCAAACUUGCUCCUUCCUAUGGAUGACUCAGUGCAUUGGGCAAGCUAAAUGAGAGAAUGGAGGAAAUGAAAGAAAUAGGAUUCUCCGCUCCCAAAUCAUAUCUUUGCUCUGCAUGAGCAUACCUGAACCUGUGUAUCUAUGGACUCUACUACUGAAAACACAUCUCAGUAGCAGAAUACAUGGUUUUCAUCUUUAGUCUUGGAUAGCCGGUCUAGGAAACACUCAUGCCUGAGAUCAUGAAGAGCAAAUUACUAGACAGGACCAAGCUAGAUGCCUCUCAAGAAUGGGCACUUCCAAACAGUCUGUUUACUGAGCAUUCAUCUUCAUUUUUUUGCAGUAAGGUUUUUGAUGGCAUUGGCUAUUUAAUGAGCAUUCAUUCUGAUUUGUCUAUGUGGAGGUUAGAUGAUGUUAUCAAAUCAACUAUUAUUCCAUGUUUUCCAGUCACUUAUCACAAAAAGCUAGAAAUCUGGGGGAAGUGGGUUUGUUGCAGGAGACCUCCCAGUUAACUAUAACUGCACGACCUGAAUUUGCUGGCAUGCCAUCGAACCUUACCUGAAAAGAGCAAUAAUCUGUUCACAUGCUUCUUUGUAUAAUAUUUAGGUUGGCCCUCUGAGCUGAGGAUAUUAGGGUCGGUCAGAGAUAGCCAAGGUGGUACCCGCUAGAAGUUGUUGAGAUGCAUUUCCCACCAUCCCUGACCAUUGGCCAUGCUGGCAGGGACUGAUGACAACGGUGGUCCAAAAACAUCUGGAGGGGACCUUGGGUUAGAUGUACCAACAGUCUGUUUUAGUGUAAGGCGGCUUCAUGCACCACAGAACAUUGGUGCUUGGUUGGAGAUUAAUGCUGAAAAGGGGACCCCUGUGGUCAAGCCAUUAGCCUGGUGGGAAUGUAAAAAGGUGAAAAGCUUCUGGGAGAUGAUAUAUAAUGAGAUGAAAAAAAUGCUGAAAUAUACAUUUGUAAAGAAACCAGAAGCAUUUCUACUGGGCAUUGUUGGGAGUGAUAUAAAUAGAAAGGAACGUAAGCUCUUUUUAUAUGCAAUAACAGCAGCAAGAAUAUUAUUGGCCCAAAAAUGGAAGCAAGAAGAAUUACCGACGAUUGAAAAAUGGAGGAUGAAGUUAAUGGACUAUGCAGAACUAGAUAAACUAACAGGAAGGAUUUGAAACCGGAGGGACCAGAAAUUCAUGGAAGACUGGAGUAAAUUUACGGAUUAUUUGAAAAGUAUUUGUGAAGAUCAGACGACGUUUGUAGGUUUGCAAGAUAUAUAUAAAGCCUGGUUUGGCCAAGGUUGCAGGUUCAAUUCCCCCCCCCCCCAUAUUCCUGCAUUGCAGGGGUUGAAGGAGAUGGUCACUGGGGUCCCUUCCAGUUCUACAAUUCUAUGAUUCUGCUAUCUCCAGAGCAGGAACAUUUAGUAUGCUUUAAAAAAAAAAUUAGUUUGGGAGUGUACAAAGCCUCUCCCAAAGAACUUGAGCUGGAUUGAGUCCAACCAGCAUGUGGUUGGAUAUGGCUGGAAACCUUUCCUGGCAACAAUUGCUAUACUAUGAGUACUAUGAGAGGGAGAGAGAAAAAGCAGCACAAGAAAUUAUCCAUAAAAGGUGUAGCUGGCUGGUAAGCAGAGGCUUUUAGCCGCCAAGAGCAACUGGGCUUUCAUGUUCUCGAAUUUUGGAGUGAAGAAUUGAAAUAGUGUCUUGGCAGGGACCAAAGGAAGCAGAUAGCCUAGCAAUAAGAAUCGUUUUAUUCACCCAUAAAUCAGUGCAAGGGCAUAUAUGUCUGAUGCACGAUAGCAACACACCCCAACAUCUAAAUUUGCUCUAGUGAGCAGUAAAUGUCAUGGCAUUACUCAGCUGUAUCCAGAUGAAAGGCACACGGAAACAAGGUGUUUGAAUGGCAACAAGCAUUGGUUAAGGGUGGAGCUACACAUUAAAGAGACCAGGAACGGAUGCUGAAAAAGCCAGACUCCUGUUCCCCCAACCCCAGUGAUGCUAGGACCUGGUUGGAAAAGGAGGCACCAUAAUGAUACCAAGACACUGAUCAGUUGAACAAAGUGUUAGGAUGGGGGGUAACUUGGCUGAUUUCAGUGGUAGCUCCAUGAUCUUCUUAAUUCCUUCUUAGGAGGAAUUAAUGUCUAAAGAGCUGUCACAAGGAAGAUGGAGCAAGCUUGUUUUCUCCCAGUCUCUAGGCUAGGACCCAAACCAAUGGAUCCAAGUUACAAGAAAGGAGAUUCUGACUAAACACCAGGAAGAACUUUCUGACAUUAAGAGCUGUGGAGGGGACUCCCACAACAGGUGGUGGACUCUCCUUCCUAGGUGGUUUUUAAGCAGAGAUUUGUGACCAUGGGUCCGUGUGGCCUUCAGUCCCGUCCCCCAAAUGGACACGUUGGGCAGGGUGCUAGGAGGGCCACAAAAAACUGUGAUACUCAGAUGCUGCUUUUAUAUCUCGACCACACCUACUUUGACAGGCCAUUCCCAGAGGAUUGACUAUGGGUGAGUGUGGCAAUCAACCAUUUCUGCUUCAGCUGCAACAAUGUGUGAUUUUUCCCUUAAAGCAAAUAGUAGUUUGAGAUUCACCUUAGGACCACAGCAGAGGAGAAAAGGGUAAAAUUGCCUGUCAGUUCCAUGAAUAAUCACCCUUCUGAGCUGAUGCUGUUUGCUUUUUAUUACUAUUAUAUUAUUUUUAAUCCAAGCAUGUUGCAAAUAUGCAUUUGCUGUCACAUGUGCUAAUUUGGCUCAUCAGUUUUUCAGUAGAUCUCAGGUGAUCUUUCAGUUUUGACAGCCGAACUGCGCUAUGGGUCUUCAGAACAUCUGGGUUCCAGAAGGAAGCUGUUACUGGGAACAUCAAACAGUGUGUGGAGGGUGGUGGGAGAAAAAGAGAGAAUUGGGAGCAUGCUCAUCCAUGGGGGCGCAAGAGGGCACCACCACCCCAGAUGAACCAAAAAAACCCCCCAAUUUCCAGCUUUAACUUUUCAAAAACACUUUAUAACCAGAGCAAAACAUGAAACAGGCAAUGUCCUAUCCUUGACUGCAGCAAUGGUGGUGUUUCAAAUGUGUGUGUUUUGUGGGGGGUGGGGUUUGGUUUUGUUCUUGCAGAUCAUGUGUGUGUGUGUGUGUGUGUGUGUGUGUGUGUGUUGGUAAGGAAAGCCCCCACUACUUGCUACUGCUGUGAAAGGAUUUAAGAACUGAUGGUCAUGGCAGGACUAAUCCAGGCCAGAAGGAAGAAAUCAGGAAAUGACUUAGAGGGUUGGCUGCCAUUCCUGCAGUUCCCAGAAAAAAAAAACAUAACACAGAUACACAGGAAACUGUUAAAUUAGAAAAUGUCUUUAUUAGAUAACUGGCAGUUGGAAGCUGAAGCCCUCUUUUUAUGGGUGUUUAGCAUACGAAAACGGCAGGGCUGUGUGUGAACUGGCUGCGCCGUCUUCAGACAGCCCAUUUUGGGAAAGUGGGAACAGACAAGGGUGCUGUAUUAAAUGAUAAUUGAGUUAAAUGUUGGCCACAGACGUGUGUGAUCCAUUGCUCGCAGUUGAACUGAAAUAAAUAGCAAGUUAGGAGGGUAAGUUUACUGGUAAGAGGAAGGAUUAUAUGAAUUGCCCUAACCAUUUCCAGUCAUGGAACAAAACGGUGUCAGUGUGAACUGGAAAACAAUUCCAUGAGCUUUGCCAAGUAAGAGUUGUGGGGACAAGGGAGUGGGGCGGGGGGGGGGGAGAUUCAGACUCAGGUGUCUGAUGCAGAGUAAAUAGCAAACUAUUUAAACAAAAGCCAACUAGUGACCAGAAGGGAAGUGUGGUGGGCGAAAGAGACAUUCAUCGCAAGACAAGCCAAAUGAGGUCAUUAUAUGAAGGGUGUGUUCUAUCCGCUUGGUAGACAUUAAAAAAGGAUGCUGGAGUGAUUCAGUUUUCUCUGCCAGGAACCGAGAUUUCAAAUAUAGACACCAAAAGCAGCAGAAUUCAAGUCUCUCUCUCUGUCUCCCUGUGUGUGUGUGUCUUUAAAUUGCCAAAAGAGAGAGGAAAACUGAUCUACUCAGAUUGUUUGAUCGGUUGUUGACUGUAUAUUUGAAGCAGAAGAGAUUUCUUAGGUAUUGCAGUGACUCAAGGUUACUUUUUGAAUUCACGUCUCCUUGGUCUCCAACCAACUGGGCAACUAAACUCAUUGCAAGGGGGGGGGGGCAGAUAAACUUUUGUUUUCCAAGCAUUCAAAAGAGAGAAAGCAUGCUAAUAAACAUCCCUGUUUAAACUAUGACACAUUCAGGAUAUAGGUGGUACCUAUUGAAGGAUGUGAGAGUAGCUAUGAAGUGGUCCUUUCAGAGUGGUGAGCCUGGUAGGUUCAAUAUUGCCUGCUGCAAUGAUGAUAUAGAUCCACACCAUAUCAUUUUAAGCAUAUCUCUCGCUCCCCCAAGAAUCCUGGGAACCGUAAUUUGCCUCUCAAAGAGCUAUAAAUUCCUGCACCCUCAACAAACCAGAGUUCCCAGGAUUCUUUAGGAGAAACUGUGUUCUUUAGCUGUGAGGUGUGGAUUUGACCAGCGAUGGAGGUUGCAUGGCCCUGUUGGGCUAAAAAGCUGGUGCUGGUCUUUUAGGUAGGAGUGCCAACUUGAUUCUUGUGGUUGACUCAAUGUUGGGGUUCUCCUGGCUCAGAAGCCAAGAGGCUGGUGGCAUAAAAAACCCCUAAGAAAUUAUGGAGGAUGAAAUAUACUCAGAGUCGCAAAGUGAUUUCAUGCUCUUUAUUCAGCUCAUAGUGGUGAGGAGGAAUGAAUGAAAGUCCCCUCAAAGUAUCUGCUUUAUAUACAUUAUUUACACAAUGGGCCGCACAUGAUUGGCUAAUUCUGGAAUUCUACUGUAAGCCAAUCAGGUUGUGGAUUCACUUAUAUCUGGAGCAUGAUUGGGUGGUUCCUGCCAACCAAUCAUACUGCUGCAUUGUUCUAGGACCAAUCAGACUGCUGCAUUCUGAAUCCUAUUGUUCUAGGACCAAUCAGACUGCUGCAAUUUGGAUCCUAUUGUUCUAGGACCAAUCAGACUGCUGCAGUUUGGAUCCUAUUCAACUCAGUACAUAACAGAGGAAAACCAUUUGGUCUGAACUUGGAUGAUCCCCAGUCAUAUAUAAAGCUCUCACUGCAGUCUCUUCCCCUCAGCUGAAGCCUAGAUGUGAGCUUAGUUGAGGGGAAAGUAUUGGGUGAGUGGAGGAAUUGCAGGAAGAUAAGCAUGAGGAAAAGUAGUCUACUGUCAUCCAUUUGGCCCCUUUGUUCUAAAAUCAGGACCCACCCAGGUUUUUUUUUAUGUGACUGGAGUAAACCAGGGCUGCCAAGAUCACACCAAAGGCUGCAUGCACUGCAUGACUUCCCCCAAAGAAUCCUGGGAACUGUAGCUUCUGCAUUUCCCAGAAUUCUUGUGAGGAGAGGCCACUUGCUUGAAAUUCAUUGUGUCUACACAGCCCAGGUUUCUGCACUGAAUGGCUUUUCUCAGAGAUGCUUUCUCCUGACUUCAACAGGAUGCCCCAAAGGAACAUACGGCCCACAUUGCCGGAAAGCAUGUCAGUGUCUGAAUGGAGGGCAUUGUGACACUGUGACAGGAGCCUGUGACUGCCUGCCUGGUUUCAUCGGAGCGGACUGUGGGAAAAGUAAGUGCCUCUCUAGGCCAGUGUCUUGUUUCCCACAGUAGCCAAUCAAAUGUCUGCGGGCAGCCCAUGCACUGGGCAUGAGGAAGUGAGCUCCAUAUAUCACAAUGAGCACAGUUGCUGGCACACAUUUAAACAUGGAGCAAUCCCAGCCCCUGGUGAGGAAGCAGUGGGGCUUAUUUAACACAAAAUGUCUAACGAUGCUAAAUAUUUUCUAGCAAACAGGCUGUGUACAUGCCAUGCUUUUAAAGCACAUUCAGGGCACAUUCUGCCCACCCAAAACUAUGUAAGGAACUGUAGCCUGCCCUCCCCAGAGCUACAAUUCCCAGCACCCUUAACAAAAUGCAGUUUCCAGGAAAUGGGGGGGGGGGUAAUUCUCUGAAUGCGUUUUAAGUCUAUGUUGGGUACACAGCCUUAGUAGAGUAAAAAGAACAGCCUUUUCCUAAGAAAAGGAACUUGCAGAUUUAACUUUUUGCAAUGAGCUGGCAAACCAUGUUGCUUUUUUCUUCCUUUUAGCUUGUCCAGAGCAUCACUAUGGGAAGGACUGUGCCUUAUUCUGCUCCUGUGGUGAAGGACGUUGUGACUCGGUGAUGGGCAAGUGCUACUGUCCACCUGGCCGAAUUGGACCCAACUGCCUUCAAUGUAUGAGAUGAUCAGCUUUUAAACAGCCAGAACAAAUGCAAAAUAUUAAUAAAUGUCUGUACUCCCUCAAGAAUGGUCAGAGUUUCCAAUCUUGGAGGCUAAUGCAUGCAAAAGUUUUAAUACCACUGUCAUGCUAUUGCCUCCUACCUGCUUCUGUCUCUUGUCUGUUGUCUCACCCAUCCCCAGCUCAGUGGUGUUUCCAUAAAGAAAUGGUUCUUUUAAAAUGUAUUCUGAUCCAUUUAAUUUGUUUUACCAAAGUUCUUCCUCUGUCUUAUAAAGAUCGUAUGGAAAGAGCAAGGGUAAAAUCAUCCCUGUGAGAAUGAAUGGGCUUUAAAAAUCCUUUCAUUCAUUCCUGCCUAAACCUUCAGUUUCCUUUGAGGAAAAAUAUUCAUGGCAAGGGCUGUAGCUCACUGCUUUGCAUGCAGAAGGUCUCUGGUUCCAUCCUUGACAUCUCAAGCCUGCAAAUGAUUCCUGCCUGAAACCAUAGAGCACUACAGCUAAUCAGUACAAAUACUGACAUAGCUAGAUGGUCCAUUACUCAGACUUUGUAGAAGACAGCUUCACAUUCAGAGUGCACUGGGGAAUCUGGCUAUCACCCCAUCAACAAUCCAUGGUUUCAUCCUUUUCUUUAUUUGUGUGUCCAUGUUACAGUCCCUUCUCCUGGCUUGAAGUACAGAUUUGCUUGUCUUUUACAAUUUCAUUGUUUUGAGCAAAGUGGGGAAUCUGUGGCCCUCCAGAUGUGGUUCCUGGACUACAACCACAACCAUCCUUGAUGGGGUUGAUGGGAGUAGGGACUCCCAACAACACCUGAAAGACCAGAAGUCUCCUGCUUCUCCUGUAUAGUGGGAAGCUGUCCAGGGAAUGGAGAUUGUCUCCCUUAGCUAUGGCAUUCAUUUAUGUGUUGCACUAAAUUAUUGUUUCUUCUUUAAAAAAAACACUUUGUUAAUUUACUAUAGUGUGUCCCCAGGGAAGAUAUGGCCCCCAGUGUCAGCUAAAAUGUUUGUGUAAGAAUGGUGGCAUCUGUGAUCCCGUGAAUGGGACCUGCAUUUGUGGACUUGGCUGGACAGGACGCUACUGUGAGAAAGGUAGUAUUUCUUUUCUCCUUCAUUGCAUUGUUUACAGACAAGCAUUUUCCCUACAUAUUUGCAUGGGAUUUAUGGUGCAAUUCUCUUCACCCAGACCACCCAAUUAUAAAUGACCAAAUUACGCUGUGCUUAGUUUAUUGGUUCGUAGAGUAGUAGUCACUGGUGUGAACUCAUGGAUAUAACUGCUGAGAACAUUUCAUGGGAAGAUACAAAACUACCCCAAAACCUCACGAUAAAAGAGAUGUGGUUUGUUACUAAUGCUUUUGAAACUCUCCAAAUACUUGAAACAGUUUUGUUUGCAAUGUUCUCAGCUAUGUAAAAUCACAUUUAAUCUGAAAGAAGUAGCAGCAGGGUUUGAGUUUGCAAUAUUUCUCAGAUUUUCCUGUUGCUUUGUGAUUGUUUAGCAGGGGAGCAUUGUUUAGAUUAGUAAGGUUUUCUGGACAUUUCCCCCCCGCAGAAUGUGCUCUUGGAAAAUAUGGCUCUGAUUGUCAGCUAGAUUGCGCUUGUCAGAAUAACGGAACCUGCAACCGGUUUACUGGCUGCUGUCAGUGCACAGAAGGUUAUUACGGACAUUCCUGCAACUACAGUAAGUCAUCGGCCAAGGAAGCAAAGCCAAGAGGCUAGCUUGGCAGUAACAAUGCAUGCCUAUGCAAGAAUAACCACAGACAUAAUUUUAAUAUCUUGUUGCAUCUCCUUAGAACUAAUUGUCAAAAUGUUCUGCUGCUAAGUGAAGAAAAUAUUGAGUGAUGUAUGUAGGCAUCUGUGAAGCAGUAUAGUUUAAAUUAUUGGAAGGGCCAUAUAUCGGCUUUGCAUGCAGAAGGUGCAAGGUUCCAUCCCCAGAAUCUCAAAGUAGGGCUGCAAAGACAGCCUCCCCAUCUGAAACCCUAUGAAGCCACUGCCAGUCAGUGUUGAUAAUACUGAGGUAGAUGGACGAAUGGGUUUGACUUGGUAUAAGUCAAGUUCCUAUGAAGGUCUACUUAGCUACCAUACCAGCCUAUCCUCUUACUGAAAUGUUCAAAUCUUCACACGGUGCAUAGUUAAACUAUAGAACAUGCUCCCACAGGGGGCAGUGAUGGUUGGUUUUAAAAGAGGAUUGGAUAAAUUCAUGGAGGAUAAGGCCAUCAAUGGCUGCUAGCCAUUAUAGCUGUAUUCUGUCUCCACAGUUGGAGGCACUAACUAAUGCUUCUGAAUACAGUGGUGCCUCAGGUUACAUACAUUUCAGGUUACAGACUCCGCUAACCCAGAAAUAUUACCUCGGGUUAAGAACUUCUUGCUUCAGGAUGAGAACAGAAAUUGUGCAGCGGUGACACAGCAGCAGCAGGAGGCCCCUUUAGCUAAAGUGGUACCUCAGGUUAAGAACAGUUUCAGGUUAAGUACGCACCUCCAGAACGAAUUAAGUUUUUAACCCGAGGUACCACUGUACUACUGUAUUUUUUGGAAACCGCAGGGGGUGCUGUUGUGCUCAAAUCCUGCUUGUAGAUUUACUAUAGCCAUGUGGUUCACCACUGAGAGAACAGGAUGCUGGACUAUGUGGGCCACUGCCCUGAUCUGGCAGGCUCUUCAUAUUUUAUGAUGAUGAUGAUAAUGAAUAGUAUUUUAUUAUUUUAAUAUUUAUACCCUGCCCAUCUGACUGGGUUGCCCCAGCCACUUUGGUGGCUUCCAAAAAAUAUAAAAGCAUAAUAAAGCAUCAAACAUUAAAAACGUCCUUAUACAGGGCUGCCUUCAAAUGUCUUCUUCCAGCAUUCCAACAUUACUAUUAGUGUUGGACAAAAUUUUCAUGGUGCAUCUUCUGAAAUAACAUUAUCGUUUCACUUCUCAGCCUGCUCAUCUGGAUUUUAUGGUCUCAACUGCCGGUAUCCAUGCAACUGUAAAAAUGGAGCCACGUGUCUCCCAGCGACUGGGCUGUGCGUGUGUGCCCCAGGUUUCCAAGGGGUACACUGUGAAAAAGGUAAAUUUCCUAUUUAAGACAGCCCAAGUGUUGGAGCAUCUUGGGGCCUGUUUAGCCAUGCUAAAGAUGCUUUAGAUCCAAACGCUGGCAUGCCAUGCAAUUUCUGAACAUGGGAAGCAGUCCUAUCAAGAGGUAUUGGUAUUAAAUGAAAUGUUAGGGCAAUUUAUUUAGUUACGUUGCAUUGUCUUUCUUACAAUGGCAAUAUAUAUAUAUUGCAUAUGCCAAUGCUCUGCUUUUUCAGGUUGUCCAGCUGGAAUGUUUGGAGACAAAUGCAAACAUCAUUGUGAGUGUGCAGGAUCAACUUGGUGUGACCCAGUUACUGGAAAGUGCUUUUGCCCACCUGGCACAACUGGGGACAGGUGUGAUCUUGGUAAGAUCCUGGAACAAAACUGAUACAUUUUCUUUUCCCUGUUUUCCCUGUUGCUGGUAUGAAGCAGAGCAAUGUGAUAAUCCUAAAGUGGUAGAAUAGACUGUACCACCUAAGGCUGCAGAUUCGAAGGGGCUGCCAUUUUUUACUGCUCCACACAUUUAAAUAAACAAAUAAGGAACAUGCUGAAAUUAAAUGAUCUUACACAGCAGACACAUGUAACAGUGUCCUGACUAAAUUGCCCUUUCCCCUUCCUGAUGGGGAGGUACUGCUUAACCCUUUUCACGCUGGCCAUUUUUUAAACUCAAAAUGGCACCCACAAGCUGCUUUUUGCAACCCUGUAACUUCACUUCUGCUGGUGAGGGGACCAGCAGAAGGCCCUCGGAACUGGACAAUAAUAAGGGUGGUAAAAGUAAAGGUAAAGGACCCCUGACAGUUACGUCCCGUCGCGAACGACUCUGGGGUUGCGGCACUCAUCUCGCUUUACUGGCUGAGGGAGCUGACGUUUGUCUGCAGACAGUUUUUCCGGGUCAUGUGGCCAGCAUGACUAAGCCACUUCUGGCGAAAUCAGAGCAGCACACGGAAACGCCGUUUACCUUCCCGCUGGAGCGGUACCUAUUUAUCUACUUGCACUUCGACAUGCUUUCAAACUGCUAGGUUGGCAGGAGCUGGGACCAAGCAACGGGAGCUCACCCCAUCGCGGGGAUUUGAACCGCCGACCUUCCAAUCGGCAAGCCCUAGGGUCAGUGGUUUAGACCACAGUGCCACCCGCGUCCCUAAUAAGGGUGGUAGUAGGACCAAACAGGACAGUGGGGGUUAUACUGUGAGAGGCUUUGGGUCCACCAAAUGCACAGUCUCAUUCCCCUAGCACCCGCUCAAAAAGGUGUGUGUGUGCACUAGCCCUGAAACUGGUACAGUUAUUUUCCUUGCCACUGCAGUAUAUGUGAAAAGGAUCCAAGGGUCUUGGUGGACCACAAGCUUAACAUGAGUCAACAGUGUGAUGCAGCAGCAAAAAAAGCUAAUGCUAUUCUAGGUUGCAUCAACAGAAGCAUAGUGUCCAGAUCAAGGGAAGUAAUAUUACCACUCUAUUCUGCCUUAGUCAGACCACACUUAGAAUACUGUGUCCAAAUCUGGGGAUUACAGUUUAAGAAGGAUGUUGACAAGCUGGAACAUGUGCAGAGGAGGGCAACCAAGAUGAUCAAGGGUCUGGGAACUAAGCCUUAUGAGGAAUGCUUGCAGGAGCUGGGUAUGUUUAGCCUGGAAAAGAGGAGACUGAGAGGAGAUAUGAUAGCCAUCUUCAAAUAUCUUAAGGGCUGUCACAUGGAGGAAGGAACAUACUUGUUUUCUCCUGCUCUGGAAGGUAGGACUCGAACCAAUGGCUUCAAGUUGCAAGAAAGGAGAUUCCGACUAAACAUUCAGAAAAAAAACUUUCCAACAGGAAGAGCUGUUCAGCAUUGGAACAGACUCCCAGGAGAGGUGGCGGACUCUCCUUCCUUGGAGGUUUUUAAGCAGAGGUUGGCUGGCCAUCUGUCAUGGAUGCUUUAGCUGAGAUUCCUGCAUUGCAGGGGGUUGGACUAGAUGACCCUUGGGUCCCUUCCAAUUCUGUGAUUCUAUGGAACCAACACACACUUCCCGUGUUCAUGUGAGCCAAGCAGGUCUUAGGAAGUGGGCAUUCCUUUGCCACAGACUCUUCCAUCCACCCUCAACUCAAGCGGAUUACUCUUGGCUUUUUGGAUUAAUCAGAGAAAAUAUCUGUGAACUUUGCAAUCAAUGAUUUAUUCUCAAGCAGAUUUUCCUUUCUUGAGAGUAGCUAUAGUCAGGGGAAAUCGUAAGGAAGCGGCAGAGGUCCCAUCAUUACAAGCCUUAAGGCUUAUUUAAUGUUUACACUGGGUGUAAACCCAGAUGGUCUCCACUCGAAGCAACAAUACACUGUUGAAAUGUGGUCCCGACUAUAAAGGGAUGGAAAACAGCCUGUUGCUUACAAGUUCAAGAUCCACAACCCAGAAGGGAAAUGGCAUGGUAUGCUUUCAAAUACAGCCAGUGUGAAUGAAGUGCCCCAGGAUGUUGGAAACGCGGAAUUUGCUCCAACCCAAGAGCCUAAAAGAAAGGAAAUGACUCUCUUCCUAGCUUGCCCCAUUCCCUGCUCAAGAUUCCAAUCUUUCAGUUCUUGUGGUUUGAAUAGGGACCACACAGUACAAUGAGUAAGGCUACUUGAAUGCAGAGAGCUUUUCCAGCUAGAUAGUGUUUUUGUUUAGACAACUGGGGAACACAAGGGGGAAGCUCAGCACAAAAAAUAAGAGUGAAGUUUUGUACUCCUUGGGGGAAAAACAGAAAAAAAGGAAAGAAAAGUAGAAGUCACUUUUAUUUUCUUCGAAACAGUCUGUGCAACCCCCAAAGCUUAAAAAGCUGUUAUGGGUUUGGUUUUAUUUGCAUUUUUAUUUUCAAUUAGGCCGAGUUCAUCUGUGAUAUAACCAUGAGCAGCUGUGACUGUGCAGCAGCUAUAAAGAUAAAAGGCCUGAUUUUAAUUUGAACUCUGGUAAAGCACCCAUUAAACAACCAUAAUGUUAAUUAAAAAAAAAAAGCAAGAGAAUAUAUAGGAGGUUUUUUAUUAGGUUGCUUUUUUCUGCUAAAUUAACAUUGCAGACUUUCAAACAGAUGUCUUAAAUACACAUUGUUAUGAACAUGAAAAUGUGGUUAUUACUUAAAUUAAAAUCAGGCCCAGAGGUGUUUGCAAGAGCCUGUCUCACAAUGUUCCCUUAAUUGAAAGAACUGAAGUGUCUGAAUAGGACUAAAGAAUUCUCCCGGUGGGGGGAAGCGAUCCUAACUGCCCAGCAAAUUGCUUUUAGUUAUGUAAUAGCUCAGAUGGUGUAAAGAAAAGGUCUAUUGUCUUUUAUCACAGUCCAGGUGAGAGAAAGUGUCUAUGGGAAUAUGUAGUAGUAGAAUGAUGGUGGUUUUCAUUAAUGAGCACCCUGAAGCAGACAUGGUCAGUUCAGUCCAUGCAAGUCCUCUUAGGUUUAUUCAUAAGCUUGCUUUAUCCCGUUUCCACAUCUGCAAUGUUUUUUGUUAAAAAUUAAUAUCUAAAUAUGCCUCAACAAACGAGUCUCAGUAUGUGCAUUUUUAAACCAAUGCAUAUUUUUAAACAUCGUUUGGGUACCUUGAGUGAGCUGAGGUCUGCAGAAUUUGAAGAAGCGGAACUACUGAAGGGUCGUUUCUGAUCCGCACAUCAGUCUGAGAGGUGCAGAUAAAUUGUGUUUGCAUCAGAAUUCACAGAAAUUGAAUUCCUCAGGCACCCGCCCACCUUAAAUUUAAUCAGUAAUGAGAAUGACGGAGACCCAACUCUUUCACGUAACCAAGCAUGGAAGCCAUUAAAAAAGCAACACCUACCCAUUCACCUGCCCUUCGGUCCCACAUGAACCUGCUUUUGUACUGAGGUCAUAACUGGAAGUCCUUCUCUGGGUGCGCCUCCCCCCCAUUUUGAAGACAGCUGGGUGGCGACCAGAGAGUGGGGCCUUCUUGUCUGUGCUCAUUUGCACAAGGCUGUUCCUAAAAAAGGCUCACAAGGCACACAAUUAUACCGGACAAUAGCACUUUCAUGCUCUCAGACCUUUUUUAAUGCCAUCAAAUUGCCAUUAGUCUUCUGCAUUAAUCCUUUUAUUUAUUUUUUGCUGCUGCCACUUUUAUACGUUUAGUGUGAUUUUUUUAAAAAAAUAUGUUUUAUUGUUUUAAGCUGUUUAGGGUUGUUAUUUUUUGGGGGGGGGUGCCUUUAUUCUUUUAGUUCUUUUCUCUAUUCUGAGAGCAAUAUUGGCAAAAGGGAGGAUAUACUUGUUUAAUUAAAUAAAUGUUGCUUGUGCUCCAAUCCACUGAAGGCUCUCAUUAGCAGAGGGUGGAGGGGGGAAAGUGAUUUUUGACAAUUCCGCCUUCCCCCAAUGCUCCAUUCCUCCUGAAAGUUCAACUCUCUGGAACAGUUUAGGCAUGGGAUACUGCCAAGCAAAAGAGGAAUAAGUGAGAAUUGCCUCUCUCCUUUCCGCUAGUGACAUCCUCCACUGGAUUGGAGUCAUUGCCAUCUUCUUUAAAAAAUAAAAAAUGAGAGAGUAAAUUUCUUCAUAUUUAUGAAUAUCUUCUCUCCUAAGAAUCCUCUCACCUUCACUGAAGCAUUGCAAAGUGGGAAUAUCUUUAGAUUAAAUCAACUGAUUGGCUGCAAACCAUUCAUAUUACAGAUUAAAUGCUAAUAAAUUGUUGAUUAAGAGUAAGAGAAGAAUCCGACGUUUCCUUAUUUCCUAGCAUGCCUUCUUUAUUUUCUUGUUCUCUCCCGCUCUGUUUUAAAGCAUUUCUGGUGAGGUGAGUGGCAGUGGUGAUGGAGAGGGGAUAGUAAAAACUAAAAAUUAAAACUCUGUGACAUAAACAUUUGCUGUCUCUUGCAGAAUGUGGGCCAGGCAAAUAUGGCCCCAACUGCUCUCAGCGGUGCCAAUGUGCCAAUAAAUCCCAAUGCGACGUGCGAAAUGGCAAAUGCACUUGUCUCUACAAAUGGAUGGGACCAUCUUGCAAAGAAGGUAACUGUAGAGAGUCUGCAAGAAAUAGUCUGGGCGGAAUAAGAUACAACACACUGCCGUGUAGUUCACUGCCCAUAUUCCAGGUUGGGGGCUAUGCUCUGUGAACAACCAGUGGCAGCCAUGCCGUCUUAGUCCACUGCUAAUACUGCAGGUUAGAGGUUGUAGCAAUGGUCAAUCUACUUAUAUUGUCCCCUCAGUUCUUCUUCCAGGCCAAAUCUAGCACUCAACUGCAUGCAUAUAUUUGCAUAUGAAGUAGAAUCCACAUUGGAGCACCAACUCCUGUCUUUGAUGCCAACGUUUUGUUUUUCGCUCCCUCAGUCACAGGGCGAAAUAACACCAAUGAUAUCCUGCAACAGUUUUAUUUUAUUUUUUGCAUCUCUACUCUUAUAAAUAUACAGUUGGACCCUCUGGAUACAAAUUUAAUUUGUUUCGGGGGUCUGUGCAUACCCCGAAAAAUCCAUAGCCAGAGGUGCCGCUUCUGCGCACGCAUGCGGCGUGAUAGAGCGCGCAUAUGGUGAAACCCAGAAAAACACUUCAGGGUUUGCCGCUUUCGCAACCCGAAGUUUACGUUACUCGAGAGUAACGUAACCCAAGGGUCUAUUGUACAUUGAGCAUACAGAGUGUGCAUUGUUGUACACCACCUUGAUAUUUUAUGCCAGUAUAGAAAUGCUGUUAUAAAUACAUGCAUACAUAUAUAUAUCCACUGCAAUAAGAUGUGGGUGAUGACCGCUGUAGCGGAGGUUUAGUUUUCCUUCUCUUAGAUGGGCUACCUUCCCAGGUUGAUGAGACCUGUCCGCCCCUCACUUUCUUCUACAGAAUGUGCAGAAACUGCCUUCUUGACUAUUGGGUCCACUAUUGGUCUUGUCCGCUCAAUCUAUUGGAGCCUAUCUGGCAUGCAGGGAAUUAGCUGGCCAGUCCAAGCCUUCUCCUAACAUUGCAUACACCGCUUUAUUUAUUAGAUAGUUAGAGUAUAAAUGAUAAUCUGUGUUAAAUCUCAUCAAAGAUGUCUUAUGCGACCUUCUAAGUGUGUUUAUCUGUAAAUCUCUAGGUGGCCCUCCAAAACUUCUGUCUCAUGAAGAACACACUCAAGAGAAAGGGAAUACUUUUUCAAGACUGCCACAACAGGAACACUUGGACUAA